CUUCAUUUCUUGUUGACACUGGUCGAAUCUUGGCCUUGAACUGAAGAUUUCUUGUAAGAAAGGAAGUUAAUCUGACAAUUUGUUAAUCAGCAUGACGCUUGUAAUUAACGCAUAAAGAGAUCAGAGACUCAAGAAGAAGAUUUUCUCGUAGAUGAUACAGUAAUAAAGGACAAAUAAAUAGCUGUCGGCUUCACCAUUUUCGAAUUUCCUCGAGUCACGACCAGCUGCAGUGUAUUAGAAUCUCUAGACUCGUAAGAAUGGAAUGAACGUCAGUGAUAAGAUAUGGAAGCAACUGCAAGUGUAAUCAAAGAAGACGUAUACCCCUCGUCAUUAAGAUCUCCAGAGAAGAAGCCCAGGAAAACAGGGAAAAAUGAUGCCACCUCUGGGAGUACAGGGAGAACCUGUAAGGAGCACACAUUUCUAACUGACGUGGCAGACGUCAGGACAAUGGAACAUGGACUACUACAGCUUCUAGAAGAUUUUCAUUGUGGAAAACUACAAGCCUUUGGUGGAUCCAUGACGUUUGAGAAGAUGGACCAAAUCCGCGAACAACAGGAGCAGCUCGCUAGACUCCAUUUUGAGAUGGACAUACAGCAGGACAUGCAGAGGCGAGAUACAGACGAGGGGCGAGCAGCAGCCAAUGAAAAGCUGAGGAAACUUGUAGACAAGCUCCACUCAAUAAGUUCAUCCAUUCAAUCCCUUCCAAAGAAUGAUGGACACAAAUAACUUAGAUCCUCCUCUAGAAUCCAAAAAUCCAAAGGAAUUCCAGUAUAUUAUAUGAUUCCAGUUAUGAAUGUUGUGAUGAUUGCAAUGUCUGUAUGUAUAAAAUGUCUGAUCCUUAAAUAUUAAGGAAAAUUAUCCAAGUUUUCAAAGACUAAAAGAAUUGUUGGUAUUAAUGUGUACUUCAGAUUGCUUUGCUUGUACUUUAAACACACAUUUUUCAUUUUUGAGGAUUUUUUUUUUUGCAUAUGCU